AUGGGGCGGCGUGGGAUGGCCAAGUCGGGGAAGGGCCGGACGAGGUCCUCGCCGCCGGCCACCGCCCUCGCCUCCAAAACCAACACGACCUCAUCCUCAUCCUCCACAAACCCCGAAGAAACCACGUCGCCGUACUUCCUACCGGACCUGAUCCCGUUGAUCGCGAGCCGUCUGACGACCCUUCAGGACUUCUUCGCCCUCCGCGCCACCUGCCGCGCCUACCGGGCUCGCCUCCCGCUGUCGUCGUCCAACCUCGCAUCGCAGGGUCCCCUCCUCCUCGUCGGCCACAAGACCUCUGCCGACGUGAUCUUCAACGUCCCCCUUCGCCGGAUCCUGCGUUUCCGCCUCCCGCACGCCCCCAUAUCCCAUGGAAGGCGCAGCGCCACCUGCUUCCACCGCCUCUUCACCCCCCAAGCCCCCACCCUCACCUGCUUCCAGUCCAUGGGCUGCCGCGUCGCCAUCAGAAGCGUCAGCGCCAGCGCCACCCGCCCUGAGCUCCGCGUCUGCCACCUCCUCACAGGCGAGCGAGCCCGCCUGCCCGAUCUUCCGAACAGAAUUUGUGGUGUUCUCUUUUCCGACGACCUAGUCCUCGCCUUCAUGCCAUGGUACCGCGACAUCUACUACUGCCGCAUUGGGGAUGCUGAGUGGCAAGCGGCACGGUGCGAUGAAGGCUACAAACUUUGCAGUCUGGUGUUCGUGAAAGGCACCCUCUACGCGUUGACUUCUCCAAAUUAUCGUCUUGCUGUUGUCGAGCUUGAGAACAAUUCUGUGGUAUUAUCAUUUCUUGGGGAUGAUCUUACCGCACAGACGGUUCCAAUUAUGGUGGCCUCGCUCGCAGAGUGCCAUGGUGAGAUAUUGCUAAUUAUCCUUGUCAGAAUCGGGUUGUACCAUGUUUUCCAGUGGCAAUCAAGAGACAGGAAGUGGGCGAGCACCGACAGCCUUGGUGGUUGUAGCUUGUUCUUUAAUACGCAUGAGUUUGCAGGUUGCCUUGGUUCAGAUCAUCCGGGAGUUCGAAGAGACUGCUUGUACUUUACUGGAAACUAUGGGAAAUGGAGGGAGUAUUCUUUGGUUGAUAGAUCGUUGCACGAAAUUGUUGUUGACUACCCAGGGCGAGCAGUAGGGAAGGAUUUUGUACCACUGGCGUGGGUCCUUCCAAGCAAUUUUUGA